AUGUUUUAUCAAAUUGGGUAUAAAGACACGUUGUCUGCAGUUUCAAAAUUCCUAAAACCUUACUUUUCGCCCCGAUGGAAUGGGCUUUUCAUAGUAUUAUUCAAGAUCUUUCCUGAAAGGGUUACAAGAUCUGAUUGUGCCAGCAAGCUAUUCAGCGCAAUCAUGUAUGUAGUCUACACUAGGAUGAAUAUCGAUUAUGAUGUUGUUCAUUUGGCCCAGAGGGACAUCACCAAUUUGCAUAUUACCAUUAUACAAGAUGCCCUGAUGUCUAAAUUUUUGACCUUUCACACCACGGGAAUCAAUUCUGCUGAUUCUUCCAAGUUCGUUUUUGUCGCAUCGGUUCCUGAGGCCAUGCUUUUUGAUGUGCCUCCUGCCAGCAAACUUCUUGAGAGCUAUCGGGGGGGGGGACAAAAGGGUGGAAAGAAGGGCGAAAAGAAACAAGUUGACCAGGAAGGUCUGUCUGCACCUGCGAAACCACCCACAAAGCGAAAGGCGAAAGCUGCUCCAUCUGAAGCGACUUCUAAAAAGAGAAAAGUAAAGCAAGCUGCUCGCAAGAGAAAGUCUCCUACUCCCACUCCUAGGGAGACUGAUCAUUUUCAAUCUAACAGUUUUUUAAAUGUUCGUAAUGAGGAUGAACAACCCAUUUACAAUAAAGGGGAGGACCAAGUUCACAAUGAGGAGGCCACAUCUACUCCUGAGGUAACCCCUACUUACAAUGAUUCUUUCCACCUCCUCCUCAUUCACCUGAACAGACGUCAACACCAAUUACUAUUACACUCUACCCUCCACCUAUUUCUUCUCAACAACAAAGCAACAUUCCCUUAUUUGUUUCUUUUUUUACUGAUUGCAUGUUCCACCCACAACAUCUGGAGAACCUGA